UGAUGAUCAAAUCUCGCGCGCCGCUCGGUCAUGGCGGGUCAGCAACGUGCACUCAAUGUUUUACACCGUAGUGUAAAAGAGAAUAGAAAACAAUAAUGUGGGGUUGAUCGAGGUUUACCAAAUAAUGUGAUGGGCAGCGAUUCAAGUAAACAAAAGAGACAGGCACCAAGCCAAGAGAGACGACGCUAUCAAGCCUGGCAUGGCCUUCUCUCCAAUAUGGGAAUAUCCUUUACUGACGGAAUUCGCCACAUUGGCCCACCUGGUCUGGCCACACAGUGCAUGGUGCUCGGCAGUGGAGCCCCAAUCCCUGAGGACCUCCUCCUCCCAGGAGACAGCCCUCAGAAGCCUGUCAUGGAGUGGACUCUCCCUGGCUUAAUCUCAAUCUUUCUGCCUGAGUUCCCACACCCUAAAUUCCCUGGGCAAGACAAUUUCCAGAUCCUGGGCUUCAUAGCUAAAGGCUCCUUUGGUCCUAUCUUGAAAGUAAAGGACAGGUCGAAGGAGAAGACUUAUGCCGUUAAGGUUUUAUCCAAGUCUGAGAUACUGAAGCAUGGGGUCCUGGAACAGUCAAAGGAGGAGGUCAUCAUUCAGCGGCAGGUCAGCCACCCAUUCCUCCACAAUCUGCAGGAUUGCUGGCAGACCCAGCGUCACCUCUUCAUUAUGUGUGAAUACUGCAGUACUGGAGACCUGUAUACCUACUGGUUACUGAAGGGCCAGUUUGGGGAGGAUGAGGCUCGGGUGUUCGCUGCAGAGCUAGGCUGUGCUUUGGGUUUCCUUCACAACUUUGGGAUCAUGCAUAGGGAUGUGAAGAUGGAGAAUGUCCUUCUGUCUGACCAAGGUCAUCUGCGUUUAACUGACUUUGGACUCUCUCGCCGUCUUGAGCGGGGCUCAAGAGCAUUUACAAUUUGUGGGACAAUCCAAUACAUGGCUCCUGAAGUCCUGAGUGGGGGUCCAUACAGCCAUGCUGCUGAUUGGUGGUCUCUCGGCGUUCUGUUGUUCUCAUUGGUGGCCGGAAAGUUCCCUGUGCCUCCAGAGCCAGACCACUCCAACAUGCUGAGAAAGGUCAGAGAUUGCCCAUACUCCAUGCCCAAGACCUUCAACCCUGCACUGACCCUUCUGCUCACAGAGCUCCUAUGCAAGAACCCAGCUCAUCGCCUGCGUAGCCUGGAGCGCUUCAAAAGGCAGACGUUUUUCCGUGGCACUUCCUUUGACUCUCAACUGCUACAGAAGAGACCCGUUGAACUAAUUCUAGAACUGAAGAACCAUCCUGAUCGUCCAGCCAUAGCCAUGCGAGGCCUGUCUAUGGACUACUUCCAGAACUUUGACAUACUCCACUCCCCUACCAGCUCCACUGACAUGUCACCUACUUUGGCCAACAUUGACCUGAGCCAGACCCUGGCUACAGCUCAGGGUUUUAGCACAUGAGAUGUGCAUGUGCUACUGUGACUCAAUACUGACUGUAGUGGAAACAAGUAUGGACAUGUAUUUGAUAUAUACAUUUUGUACCACAUGGAUACAUGGUUGUGAAAAAGCUCCUGUAUGUUUUCUUUAUUUACAUGGCUUAUUUGGCUCCCUCUUUUCCUCUGUAUACCUCUUUGUAUACCCAUUUAAUGGGGUAAUAAUUAUAGAUGAGCUUUAAUGGACUUAAAACCACCACUUACCAAAAAAGGUUUAGAACAUUUAUAUUUCCCAGUGAGUACUGCAUCUCAAAGCCUCUCAAGGCUCUGGCAAAUGGCACUUUCCAAAUCUGGAUCAACAACCUGCAUGUUUGACCUUUUACCUUUGUUAUUACAUUUGUAUAAGAAGAUCUCUAUUUUCCUGAAAAUCCUUUCACAUAUAUUUUUUUUUACAAAGUAUUUAUUUAAUUCUGUGUAAUUUUAGGUUUGAUUGCUUAGGCCAUCUGAUUAUUUGAUUGACUGUUGUGUGUGAUCACAAUGCCUUUGACUGUUCAAAGUCCUGCUCUAUACCCAUUUCUCAUUAGAUUUCACUAACUGUUGUUGUGUUUUACCCAACCACAGUAACAUCUGAAAAAUGAAAGCCCCUAUGAACUCAU